AUGCACCACAUACCAAAAACAAGCCUCCUCCUCCUCCUCCUCGGCGCCGCUGCUUCCAUCGCCCAAGCCGACAACAAUAAGCCGCUACCCAAGUCCGGCCUCCACGAAUCAUGGGCAUCGCCAGCCAGAGAGACCGUCGCCGCCGCGGGCCACGAAGCCGACCAGCAGCUCGCCCUGGGCUGGUCCCCGAGGCCGACGCAGGCGCCGAAGCCGCUGCUGGGACGCAUGAUGGUGCCGCGGGCGGAUGACUUUACGCUGGGGCCGCAGACGUGCGGGUUUGUUCCGGGGACUGCUGGGAACUCAUUCACCUGUAUAUCGUCCGGCUUCACAUGCACCCCUCAACAAGGCCAUGUGGGAUGCUGCGAGCCCAACAGCGCCUGCAGCCUCAUCAAGACGACGUGCAUCGACUACAAGGCCUCCCAAGGCGGCGCCUGCAACCUCCCCUCCGACUAUCACACUCUCUGCUGCGGAACAUCGUCUCUCCCCGCCUGCUACACAUGGGUCGUCUCAACAUCCGCCGCGAGCGACGACGCAACCAGCCUGUACACCCUCCUCGACUGCUCCCCGCAGGCAGGCCGAGGAACCCUCUUGACCAUCGACCCGGGCUGGUCCUCGACACACAGCUUCGGACCCACAACCACCACAACGUCCACGACAUCCUCUGCAUCGUCCACGACGUCAACCUCGACAUCAUCGACGACUGCGACCCCGGAGCCCGCCGGCAAGAAGAAGAGCAGCACUCCGGUCGCCGCCAUCGCAGGAGGGACCGUCGGAGGCGUUGCCGCCUUCGGCCUCGUCGGACUGGCGGCAUUCCUCUUUGUCCGUCGACAUAAGAAGACGGGGAAUGCUCCUUCUAACGCAGCUGCAGGCGGAACCCCCCCUCAAGACAACCAGAAUUCCGCUGCCCCUGGAGGAGGAGCUGUGUAUCCUUCUGGUGUGCCAGCUGGAUAUGCCCCCGUGCCCAUGCACCAGCAGGGCUACGACGCACAGCAGCACAUGGGCCAGUACGGACAGCAGGGCGGCGUCUAUCCGCAGCAGUACCACCAGGGACAGUAUCCGCCUCAGCAGCAGCAGUACAAUUACCCUGUGGAGGUGAAUGGUUCUACGCCGGGCGCUUUCAAGGAGGGAGAAGUGUUGCCGCAGCAGCAGUCGCCGCCGCCGACUGAGUUGGCGGCGGUGAGUCCUGUUGGGGCAGAGACGAACAGAGCAGAGCUGGGUAGCUAG